AUGCAAAAUAGAAAUGAUGAGUUUUUUCAAUUUUAAUUGUAAGAUCUAGAAAAUCUUAGCAAUUAUUUUAGUGAUGAUCCUUCUUUAGAAGAUAUAGCCAGGAUUACAGCAUUAAAUUUAAAACAUCUUAAUGAAAAUGUACCUGCUGAAAAUAAAUUGAGUCAAAUUGUAGAUAAUAGAGUCAAUAGUAUUUAUGAGUCAGGAUUACUUGAUUUAAAAUUAAAAAAAUUAUUAAAAGAAGAUGAAAAAGAUUUAAAAAGCACAUAAAAAAGCAUACUAGAUAAUAUUUGCAAUAAUUUUUGGACUUAUCUUUCUGUAAGAGGAGAUGGAAAUUGCUUCUAUAGAUCAUUUAUUGUAUCUUAUAUUUUAAAAAUAUCAUUGAUCGAAUCAUGCGAAUAUCUUACUGAGCUAAUCAAGAUAAUAUAAAACUUAAAGGAAAUAAAUUAUAUAUAAGAAUAAAACAAAGAAGAAGAUUUCAAAGAAGAAACUUUUAAGAGUUCAGUUCUUUCUUUUGAAUCAAGUAAUACUCUUGAUGAAGCAAGAGAGAAUAUCAUAAGCAGUAAUCAAAAAACAUUUUAGAAAUAAACUAAUUAUAAUUUAUAAACCGAAACAACAGAACCUUGUAUAGUAGAAAAAAUUAGCAAAAACUCUACAAGUAAUUAAAGUGAAGAAAUAAAAACAAUAGCAAUAAGUUUUUUGCUUUAAAUGCUGGUAAACAAAAAGAAAUAAAAUCACUUUUCUGUAGCUAAUUUUUUAGAAUUUUAUAACAGCAAUCCUUAGUUAGACUUCAGCUUGAUUAUUGUUUGUAAAAAUUUAUUACUAGUAGAAUAUGAAAAUAUGAAAUAAGAUAGCGAUUCUAAAUUCUUCAUUGAUGACUCAAUGACUAAUGAAAUUACGAAUAUGCUACUAAUAUAUGGAUAAAGUGCUUCAGACUUAGUAUUCUCGUUAGCAGCAAGGGCUUUUAAGUGCAAACUUUAGCUUCAAAAUAUCUAUUACAAUGAUGAUACUACUUUAAUUCACAAUUUGUUAACAUUUGGCUCAAAGGAAAUCUAGGAAAAUAGCAAUGAAAAGAUUGGAUAAGAAUUAUAAAUAAAUAUUUCUGUGUGGUAUACAGGAGGACAUUAUGAUAUACUAUUUGAUUAGCAAUUUAGUUAAUAACACAUGUACUUCUGCUUUGAUGAACCUAUUAUUCUUUAAAAAUAGUAAUAAAAUUAAAAAAAUAUUGAGUAUGAAGACAAAAUAGAUGAUAAUUUACUCAAAAAUGAAUCUCCUAUAAAUAUUAAAUAAUCUAGUUUUUAUGAAGGAAAAGUAGAUGAGUAAUAUAAUUUAAAUUCUGAGGAAAACCUUUAUUAAAAUAAUUAUAAUUAAAAUGAUUUAAAUGAUAAUUUAUUUUUAGAAGAUGAUGAUAAAUAUCAAAGCAUAAAUAAAAUAAUAAAAAAACAUGUGUGCUUCUGUUGUAAUAGCUGCUAAGAUGUAGUUUUACAAUUACAAAAUGAUUUAUUUAUAUGUAAAAGCUGUUAUUAAAAUUAAUAUACUAUUUUUAGACUUGAAGGACCCAGUAAUUCUAUGCUUACUCCUCUUUAAAUAUAAUAAUGUUUCUAUGAAUUGGUUAAGUAAAAUAUUGCUUAAUCAUAAUGUAUUUGUUGCAAUUAAAUUCAACAAUAGUAUUAUGAAUUUUAAAAACUUCAUAUUAUUUUUACAAAAUAACUUUAAGAAAUGUAAAUCAAAAAUAACUUAAACUAAAAUCAAAGCGAUUUACAUAUAAAUUAGAAAGAAUCGAUAGAUACCAUCAAUAACUAGUAAAAAUGUCAAUAGGAAGACUCAUAUAAUAAAAAUAAUACUUAAAAUAUAGAGAAAACUUAAUAAAUUAAAGAUUCUCUUAAUCUUAAUAUAGACGAAAACAACGAUUAAAAUGUUGAAGAAAAUAUAGACAAACUUUAAGAUUGUUUAUUUUGUUUAAAUUGUUUAAGAGAAAAGAUUUUUUUUUAAAACUAAUAUCACUAGUAAAAAGACUAUUAAAUUUAUUUAGAAUCUAUAUAAGGAGAAGUAGAUGUUUGCUUUAAGCCUAGCCUCAAUUAAUAUUUCAUAGAUUUUAUAAAUGAAGAAUGUCUGAUGAAGAUUUAAAAUAUUGAAACUCAAUAAUUCUGCUAAAUAUGUUAUAAUGAACUUAUAUAAAUUAAGUUGUAAGAUGAUAUUGCUUAAAGUUGUAACAAAGACACUGUAAAAAUAUGCUCUCAAUGCUUAUAUAAUACAAAUUUAUUGUAAUUAAAUAGUUUAUAUAAUCAAAAUAAUCAAUAAUUUUUUCAAAUUCAAUACUUUCUUUAUCAUUUAUAGUGCUAAAAAAUAAAUUAAGAUUAAUGUUUAGCUUGCACCUAAUUCCAAAACAUCUAAACUAAUGAAGCAAACUAAAAUUAGUUAAAUUUUUUUGAAUUUACCUUCUUAGAUAAGUAAUUUAAUAUAUGCUUAGAUUGUAUAUUUAAAAUAAGUUUUGCAAAUGAACAAAGUGUUAAUGUUCUAAUAAAAGAUUUUCCAAUGCCUUUGAAAAUAUUUUUAGGAUAAAAAUAGGUUUAUCAUCUUCUCUAAUUUGCUUAUUUGUAAUGUAAAUGGUGUAGAAAAGCAAACUUAAACAAUAAUUAAAAUAUGAUAACUAUUAUUAAUUCUAUUUAGUACAGCAAAUAAUAUGAUUUAUUAAAUUAUUUAUUUGAAUGCUAUGAGUGUCAAUUGUUUUAAUAAUAAUAGCAAGAACAAUAACAAUAAUUAGAUUUUUAAACCUAAAAUAUAAAUGAUUUAAAUUAUUAUGAAAAUGAUUAUUAUUUAACAUCCCUAGUAAAUUAAAUUAACAGAAAAAGAAGACGUGGUUCAUUAGAUGAAAUAGAAAAAAUUUGUAUUUCAUGCAAAUAACAGUUUUUUACUUAUGACUAUGAUUUAGAAUGCGAAAUAUGCAAGUAAGAUAUAUGA